AUGUCAAUUUUUAAUGAACUUCUAUUACCAAAAGUCCUUGAAAUACAAAACAUAUACGAGACAAUAUUUAAUGACGAGCUUAAGGCGGCACUCGAAAGUUUUGAUAAGUUUGAAGAGGAGUUUCAAAAAGGGAGGGCGACAGUUCGUGAAAAGACGCUAAAAGACAAAAAUGCCCAGACAAUUCUUCAAAGUAUUACCGAGGAUGAAGAUGAUAAACCUAAACCUACUGACAAGCCUAAAACUAGUGAUGAACAUAGCUCCACAGAGAGUGGGAAAGAGAAUAGAGGACCUAAAAAAAGGAGUAAAAAUGAAGUGGAUGAUAUGUUAAGUCCUGAACAAGAUAAACGGGUUAAGAGGAAUGCAUCUGUUAAAGCUCAGAGCAUUAUAAGUAAACAAGUAAAUGUUAACUUAACUCAAAAAUUACGCCGUGAGAAUUCUACUGAAAAAAAGAGCCGUCGUCAUAAAGAUGAUGAAAAAGAGAACAAUGAACCGAUACCUGCUGUGCAGAUUAAACAAGAGAAGAUAUCCAUCCCACCUGAGCCCGAGCCAAUGGAGAUGGAAUCAUUGCCAGUGAACAUUGAAAUCAAACAGGAUCCAUCUCAAGAUGACAUUGCCAUGCCGCCACCUGCUAUUCCCAUCCCAAAGUCACGCAAAGCAGCGCAAAAGAACAAGUACGAAGAGGGCGAAGGGGAAACUACGGAACGUAGCGCUCGCUCAAAGAAACAAACGGAUGAACCUAUACGUGCUUCAACUCGCUCAACCCGAGCCAGUUCGAGAGCCACGAAAAAAGACGGUGAAGAAAUGGAUCCACCUCCCGCUGAAACACGGCCCAAACGGACUAGGGCUAAAAACCUGCGUUUGUUCCGAGUAUUAACAUUGUGCGUGACACCCGAAGUAACUGAAGACGGAAAGGGUAGCCAAAGUAUAGUAGACAGUUCCAUAGCAUCACCAGCAGAUAAACGUCCAAAGAGAACGAGACGCGGACGAAAAGCUUCAGAUAAACAAGAACCACCUCAAGUGAUUGAUCAGACACCAGAAACAAUUUCCCCCAAAAAAGAAAGAAUAUCAAUUCCAGACACUACCACAGAUUCACCUAUCUUACAAAAAACAAUAACAAAGAAAAAACAUAAACAAUCCGAAAGUAUUAAUAUUGAAAAACCAAAAAAUGGAAUUAUCAAACCGAAUGGUAUCGUUGUAGAAAAUGGAAUCUAUACAGGAUUUCAUGGAUUGGAAAUGUGUGAUGCAAUCAAUGAAACAUAUGUAACAGCUUCAAACAAAGCAUGUGAUGAAACAAGGGUUCUUGAUAAAUUAAACUCAACGGUUACUUUAUCAAAAGAUUUGGAUAAAGAUGUUGUUUUGCCAAAUGGAGAUAGCCAUGCUGAAAUUAUCAAAGCUAAGAUGAACGAAACGGUAGUUAUAGAAAAAGACAACACAAACAAACAAAUUAUGGACGCCACCGUCGUCUUGGAGAAAGAUCCGAAGCCUACAAAUGUAACUGACGACAAUUCAUUGAUGACUGAUGACGAUUCCAUAGAAGAGAAGACUCCGCCCCACAAGCCGACCCCACAGCCCACGUCGGCAGUUAAAGAAAAAGUGCAACAAUUCGAAGAAAUGGCAUCACGAGUUACUAGGACGAAGACACGGGCGUUGGCCAAGAAGGAGGAAUCCAAAGAGAAUCAAACCCCGCCUGAUAAAACAAUACCCUCUAGUGUCGCUUCUGAUACUCUCACCAAAAUGAAUAAUUUGAUAUUCAAGUCGAAGAUGCCACAGUUGAGCCACUCUGCCUCGAAGCCGACAGCAAAUACUCCUGUUAUAAAAUCUCAAAUCCCUAUGUCCACAUCCAAGUUAAGCGGUAUUAAUAGAGCACGAGAGGCCGCAGAAGAACAAAAGAGGGAGAAAGAAGAUGCCAGAAGGAAAAAAGAAGCACUUUUGGAGGCUAAGAGGGAGAUGCAUAAGAGAAAAAGAGAAGAAAAGAUGGCGGCCGCGGCUGCAGCUCGUGAGGCGUCGGAAAGAGAAAGAAGAGCUGCGUUGGCUGCAGCAGCUAGGGAGAGGCAGGAGAAACUGAUGCUUGCUGACGUGAGCAAACAAGAGAGGCUGAAGGAGAUGGAAAAGAAAAAGCUAGAAUAUGCGCGUAAAGUAGCAGAGACAGAAGAGAGACGGCGCGCAGAAGAGAUUGUGAGACAAAAAAAGCUUGAAGAAGAACUGAAAAAGGCCGAAGAGAGAAGGAAACAACUAGAGGAAGCUGAUGUAGAUAAAAGGGAAGCUGUGCUAUUGAAACGCGAAAUGGAUAGAAAGAACAAAGAGUACCAGGAAAAGUUAAAACGGAAACAGAAAUUGGAAAAUGAAAAAAUGCCAACACCGCUGAAGUAUCGACCAGACCCAGUAUGCAUGGAAGGCGGGUUCCAGUACCUCAUCUCUGAUGAGGAAGCUGAACCCGAACAAAGACCACACCCUGAUUGGUCUACUCAUAAGAACCGUCACCACCUAGCGUGCAUUCAAAACGAUUUGAAGACGUCACCCAUAGACAAGCUAUUCUUAGUCCGUGAACAGACAGCGGAUCUUAGAGAAAUAUUCCCGACCAUAGACCGAUCCAGACUUAAGAGAACAUCUUCAGCAGUUUGGAGGACACCGCCAAGACUACCAGCGGUAACUGAAUGA